AACCAAACUUGUUCAGUCCAGCCCUCUCGGCUCUCGAUCGCCAUCGGCAGGGAAACCUAAAAAACCCCAGCGCGGAGACGACGCACUAACGAUGGGCAACAUCGGGAGCAGAAGCGGCGUUCCUCUUCCACCGCCGCCGCCGCCGCCUGUACACGGGGUGCCGCCGCCGUACUACCACCGGUACCCCGGUUGGCCGCCGGGUCCUGCUCCGCCACCGCCGCCGCUGGUGAUGCCAGCGCCGGUGGAGCGGCACAGGGCCGUCGCGGUGAACACCGGCGUCAACAUCAAGGGGGAUACCCUGCGGCUGGAGCCCGACGACGACGGCCGCGGCCUCCUCCUCGCCUUCUCCUUUGACGCCGAUGCCCCCGGAAGCAUUACUGUUUACUUCUUUGCACAAGACGAUGAAGAGCUUAUCUUGAAGGCUACAAAGGAAAAUUUGCUCAAACCUGUGACGGUAGCUUUCAAGGAAGGUCAUGGUCAGAAGUUCAAGCAACCAUGUGGAACAGGAAUCGAUGUCUCUCUGUUUGAGGAAUCUGAGCUAACUAAGGUUGGUGAAGGUGGUGUAUUCCCUGUUGCAUUCAAAGUGGAAGUGGCUGUGUCAAGCAACCAAGAAUUAGAAGGGGCGCAUGAGGGCGAGGCAUCAAAGUGUCUGGUUAAAUUUGCAAUAUUGGUGAAGAACAACAAUGCUGAAUAUAGUGUUCGUGUUGUGCAGCAAAUCUUGUGGGUAAAUGGAACUAGAUAUGUCUUGCAGGAGAUAUAUGGUAUUGGCAACACAGCUGACAAGAAUAAUCAUGAGGAUGAUUCUGGGAAAGAAUGUGUUAUUUGCCUUUCAGAACCAAGAGAUACAACUGUUCUUCCAUGCAGGCAUAUGUGUCUGUGCCGGGAGUGCGCUCAACUUUUAAGAUUUCAGACAAACAAAUGCCCUAUUUGUAGGCAACCUGUUGAGCGUCUUCUCGAGAUUGAGGUUGAUAUGAAAUCCAAUACUCAUCAAGGAGCUCAAUAGUUAAGGGACCAAGAAGGGAGUCUCAUGUAAUCACCAGCAAUUUGCCUGUAUAUACUACUGCCCGUGUAUAUGAAAUUUUCAUGUGGAACAGGAUGAACAUGAAGGGGUUUCAGAGUACAUUUCCCGUAGUCUUGAGCUUUCAACCUUGAACUUAUACUUGAAACACUAUUGGUCUGGACUGUCACGUACAAGCCUUUUGCAGGAUUGACAGAACAGAUAUUUUUGUUUUAAUUUGGUUACAGAUUGAAGUACUGUGUACAAUGCCCUGCGUUCUGUUA